AUGGACCCUUUUUCCCUAAACUCUCACGGGUUUGUUAACUUGUUAGCUUCGCAGAGCAGUCCUACAAUAGACGUAGACUCUGCUGAGGCACCUGUUAGCUCUCCCGGCAAAGAUCCGAUAAUUAGUAAUGAGCAGAAGUUAGGCGCUUUUUGGAAGAGAAUUGAGGCGUACUUCAAUGCUAGUCCUCAGCUCAUUGGCUCCCUUCCUAGAGAGUGGGGUCAAUGUAAGCAGAGGUGGGGAAGGGUGAAUGCGGAGGUUUGUAGGUUUGUGGGUUCCCAUGAGGCCGCUCUGAAGCAGCAAGCUAGUGGGCAAAGUGAAAAUGAUGUCAUGAAGGCGGCUCAUGACAUCUAUUUCAAUGAUUAUAAUGUCAAGUUUGCGCUUGAACAUUGCUGGAGGGAACUUCGGUUUGAUCAGAAGUGGAAGUCACACUCUCAGCCGAAGGAGAAAAAGAAGGAAUCUGGUGCGGAGCCGGUGGCUGAGGAGGCAGAGGUUAGGCCUCCAGGCAUUAAGGCUUGCAAAGCGGGGAAACGCAAGAAGCCAGACGACGUAGCUUAUGAUCAAAUACAUAGCAUCCUAGCUAAUAAAAACACCAUUUCCAGACAAAAGAUCCUUGAUCGUCUGCUAGUAAAGGACACACUUUCCCCUAGUGAAGAAGCUCUCAAGGAGAAACUCAUCUCUGAAAUGCUUUGA